CUAGGCGGGAAAAUUUAGCGAACCCACGCUCCAUUGAUUCUUCCGCGAAAUAAUAGUUUUUUUUUUUGUCGAAAUUGAUUUAGUGAUAAUUAAGAAAGUUCCAGGUUUAUUUAAUAUUAGAAGACGACGAAUUAAGGAUGAAUAAUUUAAUUAAUAAGGAUUCACUAGCGUACGUCGAAAAUCAGAGUUGGGAAAAUAUCAAGGAGUACCUCGAAAGUUUUAAAGAAGUGACCCGCCAAAGAGAGAAAAACCUUAUUCCAUUUUACCAUAACGCUCCACAGCUUGCAUACAGAUCAGGCAUAGUACGCUACCUAAAAAAAGUAUGCACAGACAAACAGUUCAGUCAUUGUUGCCUCCACCUCGCAGUAUAUUUAGUAGAUAUUUUCAUGGAUUCGCAUAAUAUUGUACCGCAAAAGAUCCUUGUAAUGACCAACGUGUGUCUUCUACUAGCAGUAAAAUUCGAGGAACACGUCAGACAAGUUCCCAAAAUAUCCGAGCUAAACGCCAUAGUGCAAAACCGUUACACAGUAAAAGAGCAUAAAUUUUGGGAAAUUGUCAUCCUUAACUUCUUCUGCUGGUACAUCCGGUAUCCGACUGCUGCUCACUACGCCCACUACUUUAUGCAGGUGUCAGUGACGGCUGAGGAAUUACGCAACAGGAGCGAGACUGUGCGCUCUAUGGUUUUCACGCUUAAUGAAAAGGUCUUGGAAUACCUUGAUCAAGUUAUUGAAAGCGUCCACUACAUGCAAGACUUCAGACCUUCCCUUCUUGCCGCGGCAAUUAUAUCAGCCAGUAGAAUUGAGUGUGGCUUACCACCCUGGACGGAUUAUUUAUCUGAAAUAACAGAUUAUAAAAUAGAUGAUAUCCAGGCCCUUUUAUGUACCUUAAGUGUAAACAAGUACAGUCAGAGAGUGGAGCCGAUGCUCCCUUACUCAAGUUUCAUUUGUACUUUCAAGAAUAAUUACUGUGAAACUUGCAAAAUUGUGAGCUGUCCCAAGUGUUUUUUCCUCAGGAAAACAUAAAUUUAGUUUUACUUCCAAAGCUUCUGUAUAUAUUUCUCUAUCUUCUGAUCAUAUUUAAUAAUACUCUUAGUAGUGAGCCUAAUAUUAUACAAGAAAAAAACGAACAAAAUAAGUUAUUUUUGUAUCCUUUUUUUCUACCUUUGGUGCUUUCAUGUAAAAAAAACAUUAGAAGUUCUAUAAUUUAUUAAUAAAGUUUUUUUGUUACAAAAGUG